UAUAAAAAAUUGGUUCGUUGUGCCAGGUGCUGCAAAUGUCAUUUUAGUAGUACUUUUUCUGUAGUGGUGAAUAGGUUAUUUUAACGGUGCAAAUGUUUUCGAUUUGUAAUAAAUUUCAUACUAAAUAGCGUUUUUUAUACGGAUUUUUUUUUUUAUACAUUUUAUACACAUAUUAUCAUAAAUAUUUUUUGUGAGCAACAAAUAACUAUAUCGUUAACAGUUACUUUAUUAAUUCUAAGGGUAGAAAUAAAAUAAAUUGGCACAGACUGAGACUCGUGUUAUUCGAAGUGGCGCCAUGCAAUUGUUUAGAUUUUAAUCAACAUAGUUUCCCCUUACAAACAGAAACACAAAUUAAAAUAAAGUAAUGGAAUCAACCAAAAAAAAGGGACGUCCACCACAUCCACGAGCUAAAGCAAAUCCACUUUCUGCACUGACUUUUGCAUGGACAUUACCAAUAUUUUGGAGUGGUCUUAAGAAGGAAAUUGAGGAAUAUGAUUUGUAUGAACCCUUAGAAGAACAUGCUUCAGGUCCACUUGGAGACAAGUUCGCUCGUCUAUGGGAAGAGGAAGUGGAGCGUGCGCAAGGAAAACGCACUCCAAGCCUCCUUAGAGUUAUAUUAAAAGCGUAUGCCGCGCGAUGCAUGCUCUACGGAUUCGUCCUCUUUUUCAUGGAAUGCGGUAUUCGAAUAGCGCAACCAAUUUUCCUCGGAUGGCUUGUGGAGUACUACAGUCCGGAUCAGAAUACGGUUAAGCCAACGGAAGCCUAUCUCUACGCGGGUGCAGUCGUCCUAUGUUCAGCGCUCAAUGUCUUUGUGGUACAUCCAUACAUGAUGGCUAUUCUUCACAUGGGCAUGAAGUUCAGAGUUGCUUGCUGUUCUCUUAUAUAUAGAAAGUCUCUACGACUCUCGAAGACCGCGCUCGGUGAAACCACAGUCGGUCAGGUGGUGAACCUGCUAUCUAAUGACGUGAACCGUUUCGAUGUGGCCGUCAUCUUCGUCCACUACCUCUGGAUUGGUCCACUGGCGACGGUCAUUAUAACUUUCUUCAUGUGGUGCGAGAUCAACUGGGCUGCGGUCGUCGGUGUCGGGGUCAUGCUUGCCUUCAUACCUUUACAAGCAUAUUUAGGAAAGCGUACAUCGGUUCUUCGGUUGAAGACAGCAUUACGAACAGACGAGCGUGUGAGACUCAUGAACGAAAUCCUAUCCGGUAUUCAGGUUAUCAAGAUGUACACCUGGGAGAAGCCGUUCGCAGAUUUAGUGGCUAAAGCUAGGAAGCAAGAAAUAAAGCAGAUACGCGCUACUUCGUACAUCCGGGGUGUUCUGACAUCAUUCAUAAUGUUCACCACCCGGAUAUGUCUGUUCUGCUCGAUCCUCGCGUACGUGCUCGAGAACAACGUGAUCAGCGCCAAGCAGGUCUUCGUGGUCACCAGCUUCUACAACAUACUGAGGCAAACUAUGACUGUUUUCUUCCCGCAAGGUAUAGCUCAAGUAGCAGAAGCUACAAUAUCAAUCAGACGUUUACAAAGCUUCAUGCUGUACGAAGAUACAAGCAAACCGGUGCCGGGCCUGGCGGAUAUUAUAACGUCCGCAAAGAAGAAAAGAAAAGACUUAAAAGAGGAAAAGGACUUAAAGGAAGAGAAGAGAGAUUCAGCUACUUCUGUUAAAGAGGCAUUAGAGUCUAAAGAAGAUAUGCCACAAUAUGACCAAGAUGUUAAGAAAGAUGACAUUUUAAAAAACGCACCGUUAGAAUCAGGAGAAGAUGACGACGAGGAGUUAGAGCGGAGAGUGGAGGAGGACGCGCGGGGAGUUCGUCUCAAACACGCCACCGCCAAGUGGAUAGUUUCGCAUUCUGAGAACACGCUCACUGACUUAUCUCUGACCAUCAAACCUGGGAAAUUAAUAGCAGUAAUCGGUCCAGUGGGAGCUGGAAAGUCUUCGUUGUUACAUGUAUUGCUCAAAGAAUUACCACUGCAAUCCGGCAGUGUUCAUAUUGGGGGCACUAUUUCGUAUGCCAGCCAAGAGCCAUGGUUAUUUGCAGGCAGCGUGCGCCAGAACAUCCUGUUCGGGCAGCCCAUGGACCGGCCGCGCUACAACGCCGUGGUGCGGCGCUGCGCGCUCGACCGCGACUUCUCGCUGCUGCCGCACGGCGACAAGACCGUGGUCGGGGAGCGCGGCGUCAGCCUCAGCGGAGGCCAGCGCGCUCGCAUUUCCCUGGCGCGCGCGGUGUACAAGCGCGCCGACAUCUACCUGCUGGACGACCCGCUGUCGGCCGUGGACGCGCACGUGGGCCGCCACCUGUUCGAGUCGUGCGUGGUGGGCUACCUGCGGAACACCACGCGCGUGCUCGUCACGCACCAGCUGCAGUUCCUCAGGGACGUCGAACAGAUAAUUAUAUUGAAAAACGGCUCGAUAGCAGCGGCGGGUGACUUUGAAACGCUAAGCGCUUCCGGUCUUGACUUCGCCACGUUACUAGCGCGAGACGAACAAGAGGAAGAGAAACCCGCUGCCGAGGAAAAAACUACUGCGGACACUGAGGAGUCAGUGCUGCAAGGAAGUUUUAGGAAACGGCAGAUGAGCAUACAUUCUGUAAGCUCUGUGGACAACUUAACGGCUACAGCGCCACCAGAGGGCGGGAGAGAAGAGGCGGAGAUGCGUUCAGCGGGCGCGGUGUCGGGGAAGGUGUACGGGGCCUACUUGCGGGCCAGCGGACACCCGGUGGUCGUCACGCUCAUGGUGAUGGUGGCUGUGCUGGCGCAGUUGCUGGGCUCGGGCUCCGACUGGUGGACUAGCUACUGGGUUAACCAAGAAGAAGAUCAUCCAAGAUCAGUAAUAGAAAGAUUAGAUUCGAGCAACUUGUCUGACCCGACACAGUUUUCAGCCAACUUCACGAGAAGCUUACCAGAAAAUGCACAAUUUAAGUCUGGUCUGACUAGAUAUGAAUGUAUUUACAUAUAUACCAUAAUGGUGGUGGCGCUGGUGGCGGUGUCGCUGCUGCGCUCGUUCCUGUUCUUCUCGCUGGCCAUGCGCGCGUCCACGCGCCUGCACAACCGCAUGUUCGCGGCCAUCACGCGCGCGCCCAUGCGCUUCUUCCACUGCAACCCGUCCGGCCGCAUCCUCAACCGGUUCUCCAAGGACAUGGGCGCCGUCGACGAAGUUCUGCCGUCCGCCCUACUCGACGUAUUGCAGAUCGGGCUUUCAUUGAUCGGUAUCGUGGUGGUGGUGGCUGUAGUGAACUACUGGCUGUUGGUACCGACGCUCGCCAUCGGACUAGUGUUCUACGGGCUCCGUAUCUUUUACAUCGCGUCCAGCCGCAGUAUCAAGCGCCUCGAGGGUGUGACGCGAAGUCCCGUUUUCUCUCAUCUCAACGCGUCUCUUCAAGGCAUCACUACCAUACGAGCAUUCGGUGCUCAAGAGGCUCUUAUAAGGGAGUUUGAUAACCAUCAAGAUCUACAUAGCUCUGCUUGGUACCUAUUCAUUGCAAGCUCACGUGCUUUUGGUUUUUGGCUCGACCUCGUUUGUGUUGUCUAUAUUGCUGUGGUCACGCUAAGUUUCCUCGUGUUCGGAAAGGAAGAGUAUGGCGGUAAUGUGGGUCUGGCGAUCACGCAGGCGAUGGGCCUGACCGGCAUGUUCCAGUGGGGCAUGCGACAGUCCACCGAGCUGGAGAACCAGAUGACUAGUGUCGAGAGGAUAGAAGAAUAUUCACAAAUAGAAUCAGAACCGCCGUUAGAGUCAGAACCGAGUAAGAAACCUCCCCCGUCCUGGCCGGAGCAGGGCCGGCUGCAGUUCAGACACGUGUUCCUGUACUACACGCCCGAUGAGCCGCCCGUACUGAAGGACCUCUCUUUCGAUAUCAUGCCGAAGGAGAAAGUGGGGAUCGUCGGACGCACCGGAGCUGGGAAGUCUUCGCUCAUUAACGCACUCUUUAGACUAGCAACCAUCGAGGGCGAGAUAAUAAUCGACGGUCGCGAGACGUCGUCGCUGGGGCUGCACGAGCUGCGCAGCCAGGUGUCCAUCAUCCCGCAGGAGCCCGUGCUGUUCUCCGGCACCAUGCGCCACAACCUCGACCCCUUCGACGAGUACCCCGACCAGGUGCUGUGGCGCGCGCUCGAGGAGGUGGAGCUGAAGGAGGCGGUGAUGGAGCUGCCGGCGGGGCUGAGCUCGCGCAUGUCGGAGGGCGGCGGCAACUUCUCGGUGGGGCAGCGCCAGCUCGUGUGCCUGGCGCGCGCCAUCGUGCGCCGCAGCCGCCUGCUCGUGCUGGACGAGGCCACGGCCAACGUCGACCCGCAAACGGACGCAUUGAUCCAAGCAACGAUAAGAACGAAAUUCGCUGACUGCACUGUACUUACAAUUGCUCACAGAUUACAUACUGUCAUGGAUUCCGACAAGGUUCUGGUUAUGGACGCGGGGCAGAUGGUAGAGUUCGCGCACCCGCACGAGCUGCUGCAGCGUGACGGCGGCGUGCUGCGUGCCAUGGUGGAGCAGACCGGCCGCGCCAUGGCCGACACGCUGGCCCGGGUCGCGCUGCAGGCCUACAAAAAAAAGUACUCACAUGAAACAGAGGGAUCAGAUUAACGCUUUAAAGUUGUUAGAUAGACUAUUUACUUAAACUUCUUCGAAUAAUGAUUUUUAUGAGGUUUUAUUUGACAAAAAUAUAAUGCCAUGCUUAUCGAAAUCUCACAUAGUAAUUACAUAAUUUUAACUAAUGGUAAUUUAGAGGUUGUUUCAUGUUUUUUUUUUUUUUUUAAUUACUUGAGUUAAAACUACUUCUUUUAAAUUACUGUAGGUUAAUUUUAAUGGAUCUUAUUUUUGUUAUACAAUAGUAUGAUUGUAAUAAAUGUAUUUAUAUACCGAUGUGAGUUAACAGUACCUUUAUAAAGGAAAUUUUCGUGCUGUUAUAUUAUACUAUAAAUUAGACGAAUUGAAAUAUUGAGCUUAUCAUUGCUCGAAAUACAAUUGAGAAUGAAAUGUUCCUGAUAUGAUUAUUAUAUAUACCGUAUAAUUUAAUUUUAUAUUUAUAAGUGCAAGUACGGUUUGUGUACUUAAAUGUAAGCACGAUAAAUUAUAAUAGUUUGUUACUUAUUUUCAUUAUAAUUAUCAUCCUGUAAUCAUGUCUGUUACUUAUAUGAUGUACUUAGGAUAAUUUUGAAUUGUAAAUUUUUUUUGUGAUUUUUUGUUACCGUUUGUGAAAUAAGUUUUGAUCUGUAAUGAAACUCUUAAAUUAUUUUUAAUGUUUCGCAGAGUGAUUCGAAUGUUACUAAAGAGUAAUCGAGUGAUAUUGAAUUUAAUGUGUCUAGUGCCUGGCUACUUAGGAAAUUUAUUUUUAAUGAGAAUUUGUUAGAUUAUUAUAGCAACAAAAUACAAAUUUUAUAUUUGCUAAAAA